CUGCUGCUGCUAGUGCCACCGUGCCAGCUGCCAGAACUUUGCGAUUACGUCUUCUCUUAAAUCGUCGGCCGUCACGACCGCGGCACGUUAAUUGGCUUCUUUCUUUCUGUUCCUCUAACUCUCUUCUCGGUCCUUUUUCACGCGCAGACAGACAAACAGACAGUUUUCUAUUUCCUGAAAUCGCUUGGUGCCGCAGUCUCAGAGAAAUCGAAAAAAGAAAACAUUUCACAAAAAGUGGAAGAAGGAAGAAGAAUCGAAAAAAUCAAAGCAUCUGGAAUUGAAACGUAGGGGAAACCGGUUUUUGAGUUUUCUUCCCUCUUUAACUGGCCAGCAGUGCGUGACUCGAGUCGUCGUCGGAAGAAGAAUUGUUGUUGUGUGCUUAUAGCAAAAAGGCAAGAAGAAGAAGAAGAAAUAACACACUCUGUUGUUGUUGCUGGUGGUGCUCCUCCUGUGUGUACAGUUUGUGUUGGUUCUUAUCCUCCUAGCCUGUGGGUUGUUCGGGUUCGGUUCGGUUCAGUUCUCUCUCUCUACGCCGUCCGUGAACGACGGGGGUAGCCUCUUUCCAAUUCUUUUGGCAGUGCUCGACGAGCCCGUGUCGAAGAUGGACGUGCUCGUGGCUGCCAAGUCUCUUGCCGCCAAGUCACUCAGUGGUAGACGACUCGAAUUCGUGUUGAUUUUGUGAUUCGCCGUGCCGUGCCUAUUUCAAUUCUUGUCAAAACAAAACGGAUAACGCAAUAGCAAAAGAUUUCAUUUGAGAAAAGUAAAACAAACGGAAAAAUUUGUACAAAACAAAACAAAAAUGGCUAGUGCCAGAAAGUCAAGUCGUCGGAGUUUGCCAAUGUUGUUCAUGUCGAACCAGCAGGUUCAGCGCAGCAAUAACCUGGCUAACCACCACCACCUCCAUCAGUCCAUCAUCCCUGAAUCGUCAUCUCAUUUCGGUUCGCUAACGCACGACCUAGAUUUGUACUACAUUCGACAAAUCGCCAGUCAUAUGAAGGAAUACGAUCUGGAGCAGAAGAUUGAUGUUGAAAUUCGCAUUCGCGAAGGAACGACAAAGCUGCUGGCCGCUUGCCAACAUCCCAGUCAGGCCCUGGAAGCGGCCAAGACGUUGCACACGUCCAACGAGCGUAUGAAUGUCUACAUGACGGAACUGCAGUCUCGAAAACGCGAUUUGUUGCAGUCCAAGCCGCCGCCAGCGUCGAUUGUCACGGCAACGUCGUCAUCCCGCUCGAGGAAAUCGGCUUGCCCGGCUCGACUGGGUUUGACGGAUUUACGCUUCCCGCUCAUGUGGAAAGACACGGAUCACUUCAAGAAUCGCGGCGACUAUCGACGCUUUGCCGUUUUCUGCCUGGCCAAAGUCGGCACUGAAGUGAUGGACACGUCGCUCAUCACGCCCGUCGACCGCUCCGCAACUGACAUCACCUUUCCAGACGCCCUCGUCUUCACGUCUGCCCAGCCGGACUUCAAAAUGAAGUUGGAAGUGUAUUCGUGCAUGCUGCAGGAUGAUUUGUCUAUUGCGUCAACACCCCGCAAGCUGCAAAAGUCGCUGCACUCGUCCAUUUCCCGGACGCUCGGCCGCAAAUUAUCUGCCACGCUGAAAGAUCCUCACGGGCUCAAAAACGACGCCAUUGGGCCGAAAUUCGAUCUGGUGGCGACUGUAACGCUGGGCCUGGACGAGGUCCACGAUUCCGUCAAGUCUCACGAUCUGGUGCUUGAGAAUUUGGAGAAUCCCUGUCACCAGUUGCCUCUGUUUGAUCAUUUCUGCUGCCGGCUUGCCGCUGAACCAGAGUGCCUGUCUCUAGAGCAGACGGCCAGUGUCACGCUCAAGUCUCCACCCAGCACCAAUCAAAGCGGCAAGUCGAGCAAAUCGGAUCCGCCGCCCGUGUGGGCCGCUCUGGGCGGAUUCAACUUGGCUCUCUGGAAGAAGAAAGAGCACCGACAAGACAAGAAUCGCAGCCCUCUUCUCUCCGUCUCGCUUGGCCAAGGCGCGACCAUGGCCGAGGAGCGCGGCGAGGUUGUCCUCACCGCCAUGGAUGACGACGACGAGGAAAAGCGAGUCGAGUUCCGGUGCUCCGACGCUCAUUUCAUUUCGGCCCUGAGUCAGCGCAUCGUUGACGCCAGCGCAUGGGGCCCGAAAGUAUCUCGCAGUCAAAUGGUUAUUCAUUCGCCUCAGCCGACCAACGGUUCUCCAAACAGCCGGUGGGCUCCUCGAACCGGUUCGCUCUACGAAGAUAUUCCACUUUUCGAAGAGCCACAAAAGUCAUACAGCAGGAGACCAACCGUGCACGAGGUCUUUAGUUUAUCUCACAACCGAUCGACGGCUGGUGGAAUCGUGGACGGGCUGGAUAACGGCUAUAAAAGCAGCUCGAGGCUACCAAGUCAAACGGCCAUGCACCCGCCUCCGUCGCCACCGUCGCCGCCCAACACCCGGUCCAGGUCGUCUAGCACUUCAACGUCGUCGGGAUCGUUGCCCAGCUGGGGCUCCAUGAGGGGUUUGCCCAACUUUUUCCGUUUCACUCGCACAAGCAUUCGCAAAUGACGACAGCAGAGCCGCCAGCCGCCACUUUAUUAAUCAGGGGCCUUGUGUGAGUGUACAGUGACAGAUGAUAGACAUAGAGAAACAUUUUAUCAUGUUCCCAGUUUUUUCCCUCCCCUCAUCUUUCCCCUACCGACUCGUUACGAAAAAUUUAAUUUUACAGAGCGUGCCUGUUUUUUUUUCCUUGUGUGUGAGUGAGUGUGCAAUUGUGCAUGUAUAAAAUGGACGACGAGAUGAAAAAACAAAUUGCAUUUUUAGAGGAAACAAAUUCACACACGAAUCGAGGAGUCGUGUUUACGUAAAAAGGAAAAACAAGUCUGCCUUUAUUACAAUUUAAUUUAGAAACAAAAAUACAACAAUUGAAAUCUU